ACUUUAGAAAAAAAAAAAAAAAGUCCUUGACUAAUUUUGAUUCGAAGAAAAGUUAUAUAAAAAAAAUAAAAAAUGAUGUUUUAGUAUUUGCUUUGUUAUGCAAUUUAAAGGUGUGGAUUGAUUCAUUCAAGAAUUUGGUUGACAUAUUUGAGGUAAGGAUUAAUAGUGUAAUGAGCUAUUUUAUAACUCUAUAUCUAUUUUCAUAUGUUUAUUAAAGUAUCAAAAUAUUUAAAUUCUAUAAAAUGAGUCAAGUAAUAUUUUUUUUAAAAAUAUGUUCUAAUUUAUUCCUCGAUUUAUAAAAUAAAUUGGGAAUAUCAUAUAAUUUGUUAUUGUUAUGAAAGUGAAUUUUACCUUUUUAAUUCAUUAAAAUGAUUUGGAAACUUUGGUAAUUAGUGACCCUGAUCAAUAAGGGAUAAGUUGUUGACCUUCGUUACCCUUGUAGUGGUAGUGGUACAGUGCAAUCCUAGCCAAUAAGAGUGUUAUUGACCUGUAUAUCAUUGAUUGGAAACCAUUUUGUCCACUAGUAAGAUGAACAUUUUGAGGCUAGCCACCUAGUACAAGUUUCAAUAUUUAGGCAUAAUGUUAGUGAACUAGAGUAAAAGUUUUGUUUGUGAAAUAUUUUUGAAUAUGAAUUGAUUAUGCAAAGUGUAUAAUUUGGUUGUAUCUUUAAAUUAAAAGUGUUGAAUUUUUUUGAAAAAGUGAAUUAAAUUAUUGAAUUUAAGGAGUUUCUUAAUUGAUUUCUAUAAAGAUGUGAUAUCUGUCAUGAUUUAAUUUUGUAUUAUGUUUGAUCCUCGUUAUUGAAUUUUCCUUUCUAAGUUGUCAAAUUCACCAUUCUUUACUAUUCCCUUUUUCCGGUACAUGUGACAUAAUUGAGGAGAGAUUAGGACAAGAAUGAUGUUUCUAUUAGAAACUACUUUAGAAUUGAAUUUUUUUUUAGGAUUAUUUACAUAAGACUAAAUCUAAUAUUAAAUUUUAGAAUUUUAGAAUUUUUUUAGGAAAUCUUUGAAUUAUUUAAAUAUUUUUAUUUUAGUUUUGGUUUUGGUUUGAUUUGUGAAAUGACCAUGAUGCUCUCGGUCUUCAGGUUAGGGUGUCACAAUGUAUUUUUUGUUUGGAAUCUUAUUUGGAUUUUGUUAAACAUAGGACAAUUAAUAGAAAAAAGGUAUAUCAUUAAUUGUUAAGAUAAAACCCUUAAAAACAUAAUAUGAUGUAAUAAAUUCAAAGUUUAUUACUUAUUUAAUAAAGUUCAAGCAACACUUUAAUCUAUCCUUAUUGCAUGUAGUGUACUUGAUUAGCAUUCUAGCAUGAAUCUCUUGCACUGUACAUGAAUUUGGUGCAUUAAGAGUUGUACGAAAAAUCCAAGUCAUGGAUACCUUGCAAGUUGAUAAUUUGUUCAUAGUCGAUUUAUAGGUUUAGGCAAUCCAUUUAAGGUUGUAAUGUCACGAACUCCUAAUUGGAGGGAUGACUGGUCUUGCCAUCGGGAUGAGGUUUCAUAGUAAGUACAUUAAUGUGUACAGUUAUACAUUGACAAGACGUACAAUGGGUCAUGAUAUAAGGUUAUUAAGUAGUAAUGACUUCACUAAACUGUUAUGUUGUAUUAUCUCUCAACCUUGAGGGAAUAGUGAGUUUGUGCCAAAGUUAACAAUGACUUUGACUUAUAAAUGAGAUCCUAAGAUGAUCAUAGAUUCUAUAUGGAUUGGUUUACUAUUAAUGGAAGUUGGUAUAUUCUCAAUAGAGGUAUCAUAAUAUCUUAUGAGAUUAAGAUAAUGUAUCAUCUUGAAUGAUUUUAAGGAUGUGUGUUCAAGUAAACUAUAACCAUAAUAAUUCCUUAAGUGAAAUUUAACAUAUGUUCUUUGUAAGUUAGGAUAUGUCAACUAAUCAUACUAUAGGAUCUGAAACUCGAGAAUGGUAGAAGUAAUCUUGAGAGGUUGAUAACUUUCACCUUUUAAAAUUAUGGAUACCAACUUAUAGGAAGACUACAUAUAACAAAUAACAGAUCAUGAGUUCAAAUAUUUAGUAUUUUGUUAUUAUUUACAUAGGGUAUUGAAGUGCAAUUGAUUUUCUAUGGUGGAAUGUUGAAUCAACUUCAUAAUUGGAUUUCUAAGGAGCCCAAUACUAUUAUAUGGGUCUUAAUGAUCCUCACUCGAGUUCAUAUACUUUAAUGACAUAGUUUGUGAGAGUUGGGUUGACUCAUGAUUGACUUUUGUGCAUAAGGGUGUUUUGGUAAUUUCAUAGGGUUGCACAUGGAUUAGUGAAUAAUAUUUUUAGAUUGAAAUAAUUGAUUAAUUAUAUAAUCUUGUUAGAUUAAUUAAUCAAUUAAUACCCUUUUUGGGUUAAAUUAAGUAAUUCAAGCUCAUGAUGACUCAAGUCGCUUAAAUCCACUAGAAGCCCUACAAAUACCCUUUCCUAUAAAUACUCUUUUAGGAGUUUCAGUAUUUUAAUUUUUUUUGGGGAGAAUUGUGUUUUGGGCCCAGUUGGGCCCAAAAAUUAACAAAUGGUCCAUCUAUGUAACAAAAUUAAGCCCAACACCCAGUCAAAGUCUCAAAAUUGAUAAGAAGGCUAUACAAUUUAUAAUAUGCCGAAAAUGCCCUUUGGUUGGCUAAUGGGAAAAAAAAAAACAAAAUCCACGUUGGAUAGGCGUUUUCACAUUCCUGAGUGUUUGCCUCGUUCCCGCCCAAAGAAUGCCCUAAUCCUCUCUUCAUCUGGAGUUUGCCGACCAUUCGAUUAAAAACAAAAUCGACGUUGGAUUUCCAUUUCGUUUUCCCCAAAAUUGAGAGGUGUUUUCACAUUCCUGAGUGUUCCCUCGUUUCCGCCCAAAGAAUGCCCUAAUCCUAUCUUCAUCUGGAGUUUCCCGGCCAUCCGAUUUUAGGUGUAGACGGUGGAGUUUUUCAUCUCUGUCAAUCCAUUGGUGUCGACGAUCACCACCGGAUUUGGGUUCCGUGGCGAAGUAGUUGAGAGUUGAGGUUAGUAGGUUCAACAAUUUCAGUUUAUGCUUCAUUUCGGCUAUCCCGACCAUUUCAUUUAAGCCCAAAUACAUUGCCCAAAUUUAUCUGGCGAUUUUAGUGUGCCAUUAAUCCCCAUCGUGGGUGUCGUCCCGUGCUGAGCAUUGAGGAGGGAGCUUCUCUGACCAUCAGGUGCCCGUUCUUCCAAGGUUGAAUCUUACAACAAUCAUUUCAUUCUUCUAUGGCCACUACGGAGUCCACCAGAUUAUACACACGUUGUUCAUCUUCAAGGUUUCUAAAACUAUGCAACAGGCUCCCACCUGAGAAAUUGGACGUGGUUCGAGACCUUCAAUUUGGAGGUCUUCUUCACUUAAAUUGCAAGGAGAUCCGGCAUAAUAUCUGUACAUGGCUGAUUGCCCAUUUUAAUGUUGGCUACAAACGCAUUGAGAUUACAUCCCACAGAAGGUAUGAUCUGACAGCUGCUGAUGUCGGCCUUGUCUUUGGCCUCCCGACGACCAGCCGGAUUCUACAUAUUGCUACUACCCCGUCUGAUCAUCCAUUCGGUACCCUCAACACAUGUGAGGAGAGACUCCUCAACUUACCUAUUGGGGAGGAGUUCCGUAGAUGCUUCAUUUACUACGCUUGUGCGAUGCUAUUAGCCCCCACCUCAAGGAUUGAUGGAUGUCGAAACUUGUGGCAUACCAUCCAUGAAGAUGGUUUUAGAAAUGAUGUUAAUUGGGGCCAAUUUGUUGUUGACCAGCUUGUGGAGGGUAUAAGACGAUUUAAGCAAGGGAACAGCGUCUGGGUUCAUGGUUGCAUUAUUUUCCUCCAGCUCCAUUACGUAAUGAAAUUCAAAAUUCCUUCCGUUCAUGUUCCGAUGACAGCGCCCCUACUCUCAGCAUGGUCAGAUGAGUUGAUAAAGGAGCGCUUAUCUGCUGAGAUAAGUGAGUUUGGGAGUUUUGGACAUGGCGAGGCGUUUGAUGAAUCGUCACCGCCCCGUACACAUGUCGAGGAUGACAGUGGACCGACAAGUAGUAAUGAAAUCUUGGAUAAGUACUACGCAGCUGAACGCCAAAUAAAUUCUUAUCAAAAGGGCAUUCAGCACCAGCUUGGCAUCAUGCGUGGUCUGAUCCAAAGAUUAGAUGCUCGAAGAAAAAGAAAUGUACCUUCACCUACUGCUGGUCACUCGGGCUAUGCAGCGGAUGACUUUCCCGAUGCCGAGCAUGAUUCACCCGCUGCCCGAUAUGACAUGCCAAUCCAUUGCACCGAAGAAGUACCAGACACUCCUAUUCGCCAUCUACCUAUUAUUGCUGAUGACGAAGUAGUCGUCCUUGACCCCUUACCUUUGCGUUCUAUGACUGUGGCCCGAUCCCAUAGCAUUGGGAGGCAACGGAGAGUGCGUCGGAUGGCUCCCAAUGUAUUGUCACCAUUCAUAGCGCAGGCACAAACCCGACAUUCUGCCAUCAAGAUGGACCUAAAAGCGGCAACUGCAACUGUAUUUGAUGGGGACUUGGAGCCCAGCGAGGAGCUUGUUUCCAUGCACGACACAAGUUUAACCAGAGGCAACCUCGCGUCUUUCCAAGGAGAUUGUUGGAUUGGCAAUGAUGUCGUGGAUGCAUUUUGCCGAAUGUUGCAAUUCGAUGAUGAAUCAAGGACAAAACUAUUUCUCUCCCCCUACAUAGCUGACAUGGUGAUUCGUUCCAAUGCAAAACAUUUGACGCAAGAUGCAAUUGUUGCGCGUUUUGAUCCAUAUAUGUAUGCCUUUGAUGGUUCGUAUCAGAAUGUUACUCAGGUCUACUCACCGGUCCUUUUCAAAAACCAUUGGACACUUUAUGUCUAUGACUUGCAUAAUAAGCGAAUCCAGCUCCUGGAUUCUCGGCCUGGAAGAAAAAGGAGUUGUAUGAGUGGAAUACAACAAAAAUUGGCCAAGGUUGUUCUAUUGCUUGUUGCCGACAAGAAAGAAAUGGUUGCUGUAGACUUGAACAUGUACAGUUUUGUCAUGCCAGACGUACCGUGCCAACCAAAUGACAAUGACUGCGGCGUUUUUAUUAUGAAAUUCAUGGACAACUGGUCCAAUGGGGGACUCUCCAAAUCGAUCGAUGUGGCCAAGAUGAAGAAGUAUAGAUUGAAGCUACUGGGCAGAUUAUUGCUUUCAUCACAUAAUGCGCAUCGGCAUCGAUUCAUGGCAGUUUGAGAUACACUUUUCAAUUGGAUGUGACGAGGAUUUUUAAAUAUGAUUGUACAUUAUACACGAAAAAGUAUAUACACCUGACAAUGUAUUGCGAAUAUUAUGGCUUAUAUAUUUAAUGAAGGUUCUGAUGAA